AUGUCCGACAACCUCCUACUACCAAACAUUGUGCCAACAAUCCGCGUCAAUGACGGCGAUGUCCCCAUGUCAGAGGAUAGCUCAACUUCGCGAGGCCAUAAACUUCCGGAAUCAAGCUCCAAUGGCUUUGCGCCGCACGAAGGAAUUGAAGGCUUACCUUUGGCUACCGAACAGCCAGUAGAAACACCUACUCAGGAAAUCAGCAAGAAGCUAUCACAAUCAGAGGACCCCACAUCAUCCACCUUGCAAAAUAAGCUGGCCAAUAUAGCAAAUGCUCCAACAACGAGCUUGAGGAAAAGAAUAAGCGAUGCAUUGAAAGAGACGGACAUCGGAUUCGGGUUUAUGAAUCCAAAGCCUUACGUGUCAGCUGCCCAGCUAGAGGGGAUCAUUACAAACGCAAACACGAAAAAAGCCCUUCACAAUGCCUCGGACGAGGUUCUCAUGUUCGCCAACCAGAAUCCGAAACUACUCGCAAUUACAAUACGUAAUUUUGAGAAAAACGAAGAAAAGUAUAGUCGUGCUAAAGCACUCGCUCUAUUUCAAUCCAGCAGAAUGAUUGACAGCGAAUUACCUGUCGAAGACCACACUUCCAUGAAUGUAUGCAUUGGGUUGCCAGUGCAAGAGAGCUCUGGAUCGGAAGACGAAACAACUCAACCGACGGAUUCCAGCAUGCCAUGCCAGUUAGAAACACAUGAUAGCUUAGUCUCUUCACAUGUCUCAGAUCCAAGUGGUCCAUGUAAACACCCAUCUGCUGAAAACGCUUUCCACAAUCCACUGUGGGACGAGCCCAGCUUUAAAAAGUUCUACACCACCCAGUGGGCAUUUUUGGUCCCGAUUUUCACUCAGGAAACUUUCACACAUCGUUUCGAACCUGAAGCUACACUUCCUUUCAUUGUCAAGAAGGUGCACGCUGGAAUCGACCUUUCAGGAGGCCACUUUGGCGAUGUUACUCAAGAACACAUGCUUGCCAGUCAUCAGACAGCUAUCAAAUCGACUGAAGGAAGGCGAACUAUCCCGGUGGCUGUCAAGAAAAUGAGAUCAUCUGCCAACUUCGUGGGAGACUGGGAUAGGGAAGCAAAAGCCUUACACGCGUUCAAUGAACUUGACGAUCCGCACAUUGUAAGGGGCAUCGGAGCUUUCACCUACCAUGGCGGUCACUACAUCGUGAUGGAAUGGGCGGAUAGGGGAGAUCUUCACAAGGUGUGGAAAAAAACGCCAGAGCCUCAUAAGUCAAUGACGGCAAAUAAAGUGGAGCAAUUCCUGAAACAGUUCCGAGGCCUCGCCAUGGCUUUGAAUCAAAUGCAUAACAAGCCAAUAAAAGAGAAUCCGAAUUCGGCUCUUGCGAGGCCAGAUGAUUCAGGGAAAGGCAGAGGAAGUGUCGCCUCGAAUCAAGACCUGUCGAUCUCGUCUCACCUCAGAGUCAAUCGGCUUACGACCGCUGAUGAAAACUGGCGGCAUGGUGACUUUAAACCGGCGAACAUUGUUAGCGUCACCGAUAAAUCGCAAUCGCUGCUGGGACGUUUGAAGCUGGCGGACUUUGGAAGGGCCAAGCAGCACAUGAACAAGACUGAGAAACGGAUGGGUACGGGCGAAAUGUUCACAACAUGGCAAUAUCAACCACCAGAAGCUUUGGACAAUGAACACGGAAGGUCACGUCUUUUCGACAUCUGGUCAUUUGGCUGCGUGCUUCUGGAAACAGCUAUUUGGAUGCUAUUCGGCUCCGUUGGCAUAAAUCAAUUUCUGGACAGCCAAGCAAAUAGUGGGCAGAAGACCAGAUCGCUUUACUGGUCACAGGAUAAAUACGGACAGAGAAACCCUACACGAAGUGCAACUACCUUUCGGUUGGUCGAGCGUCUAUUGAGUGAAGACAGCGAAUGUAAGCAAAGAGACGGAGGCUCAGCCUUUCAAGAUGUGAUUCGAUUGAUAAAAGACAAACUCAUCGUGCUCAAAUUGCCCACAAACGCCGACAGAUGCGAGCCAGGCUGUAGGAUCAAUAGCAAGACCUUGGUGGAAGAGCUUGAUGGAAUCAUUGAGAAAGGUAAACAGAGCCAGUUGUAUCUGUUCUCGGGGGUAAACCGAGACCGUGUUCAAAUACUCAAUUUCAUGCCAAAGCAAGGUAGAACUGAGGAGCAGACAAAUGAAUCCAAGAGUCUAAGGGCUUCCGAUACUUACGAUCAUGACUUCGAUAGGGAAUGGGAGUUUGUUGAUGACAGCUCAUUCGCAAACAGAUUCCUUCGCGAUCAUGCGUCCCCCGACUUUCAACAGCGAUCCGACAUGAGAUCGUCCAAGUUGUGCCAAUGUUGUCGCAAGAUUGAUUUCAACGACUUGAAUGCAAAUACUGGCCGCCCACUUACGCCAUUAUGUACGGACAAUACCGGAUGUGAAUUCUGUGCGAUGAUACUACGAGGUGCAGACAGGUAUCCAGAUUUAGAUUGGAGAGAAUUGACUCUCAGCGAAUCUGGCUUGAAGCCAAAGAAAAGUCCUGGACUUCCACUGUUGCUUGUCCGCCGUACAGAGGCAAAACGAACUUCGGAUAGGAAAUCCACUGGCCCCGACCAACAUAAUUUGGCCCUGCCUUCAUCUCAAAACGCGCAAAAACACGAUGCCAGUACUUUCCCGAUUCAAAUCGGGCUUCCCAUGCUUUCUCUGGUGGGUAAUAAGCCACAGACUUCUCUCAUACUCGCCUGGCUGGAUGACUGUGACAAAAAUCAUGGAGAUUGUACCUCCAAGCGUCAGCGGUCUCUUCCAACAAGAAUGAUCGAAGUUGGCACCACCCAACAGCCUAUUCUACGUCUUGUCGAAUCGGCAUCGCUCACUACCCAAGCCGGCACUUCGACCCACUUCAUCGCUCUGUCAUACCGUUGGGGGACAGUUCCUCCUCACGAACACCUCGUCACUAACUCGAAAGUCUCGAGCGACCACCAUGAGGCAAUUCCUGGUCCACUCCCGCAGACCCUGGCUGAUGCAGUUGAGAUCACAAGGGGCCUGGGUAUUCGAUAUCUUUGGAUAGACGCUCUCUGCAUUGUUCAGGGCGUGGAUGGAGAUUUCGCACAAGAGGCUGACCGAAUGGAUACUGUUUUCAGUUCAGCAUACUGUGUGAUUGCUGCCACCAGUGCAGAUGGAAGCUCUUCCGGAUUCCUGAACAGAUCGCAAAGCCGGGACAUACCGCAGGUGAAUGAGUACAGUAACCCUGUCUGGUUCCCGGAUACUGCCAACCCAGACGGCAACUUUUUCGUCGAAGAACGUUUUGACGACUUCGACCAGGACGUACUGCAAGGGCCUCUGAACGAGCGUGGCUGGGUUUUCCAGGAAAGAGCCCUCGCACGUCGAACCAUACAUUUCACCAGCAAGCAGGUCUAUUGGGAAUGUGGUGAAGGGAUUCGAUGCUAA